AUGUGUGAGUCAGCGUCCAGAAAUAUAUUUCUGGAAAAUUUUUCUUGAAGAAAACAUAGUGAUUGGCCAUUUCUUCCAUUUUAAGCAUCAAGAGGUGAAUAUUUGUUACUACUGCAUUGGUCUUUUAGACAUCAUGUAUGCUCAAAUUAAAAUUUCUGGCUGUGUUAACAGUAAGAUACUGCUUAGCAGCAUAAUAAAUUCUUUGUCAAGACAUUCAUCAUGUCCAAAGAAGUUGGGUCCCUGCUUACACAUAGCACAUUUUAAGUGUCUAUGUCAUUCGUUAAGAACUAAGAACCACAGUGACGCUGAAUUUGGUGCGACAUCAUUGAAUCAUACUAAGAUCAAUUUAGAAACUAAAUGGAAACAACAUGUGAGCAAACAUAUAGUGACAAUUAACCGUAGUUGUUUCAUUGUUAGCCGAUGGUUUCAUCACACUUCAGAAAACUUUGGGAAAGAAAAUCACCCAGUUCCAAAAGCCUUUUAUAUGCAAAAUCCAAUAGCAUGGUUGGUCAAUAAAUUAAAUUUUGGAAUGCUAAAGCGGACCUGGGAUCCUCACUUUGACGAGUCAGAAUUUCGAAGAGGAACAAAACAGGCUGUUUCGACAAUUACAAUGUUUGUAUCACAGAAUCUGUUUAGUAGCUUAAAAGGACUAUUGACUAAGCAAGCAUUAAUUACAUUACAACGAGAUGUGGAGACAACUUGGAGUGAUGAACAGAGGCGACAUAUUGGACUAGAACCAGGAGAUAUUCAACAUGCAGUUCCUAGACGAGUUCACUUUCAGAGAAUAGUCGAACAGAAGUUUUGUGAUGUUGACAUGGUUUUCGUUGCUGUGAAGUGGACAGAAUAUGGAGGAUCGAGUGCAUUUAUAUUUGUUGAAGUUGCUACAAGAUUCCAUCGUGAGUAUACAGAAGGUCUUCUGCCUGGCUGGACAGUUUCAUUAUUUCGGGUUACUCGCUUCAACAUUUUACCAAGGAGCACAAAGAAAUGAACUGACACACUGUCACUGUAUUUGGUUUAUAUGAAAGUUAAUUAGCACAUCAGAUCAUUUGUAUAAAAUUGUACAUGUUAAUACUUGUAUAAUUUAUAUGUAAGUUUCUGAUCUUUGUAAAACUAAAUAUACAUACACCUUUUCCUUGCACUUUCUAAUAGCUUCUUUCAGGAUAAACAUUUCAAUAUAUUUUGCAGCAAGGGUUACACUGUUUUGUUUUCAAAAACAUACUUUUGAACACAGUUACAAUCAUGUAGUUGUAACCGGUCAUUACCUACUGACAUAAAUUCAAUAACCCAAGUAUCAAAUCCAGCACACCGAUGGCAAACUGAACACAGAGCCCAGCCAGCAGGAAGACCUACCUGCAUCCCGAGAAGGCGAGUAUGACUGGCCACAGGACCAGCCAACGGAAUCAGGUAAUGAAUCCCAAGCAAGUGAAAUGACACAAAUGUCGCUACUACAAUUAGAUGAGGCAACAGACCCACAAAUACAAAUUAACCCCAAGACAAGAGACCAACCCGCAGGCAAGGAAACUGACCCAAGUGGAAUGAACGAAUUUAAAGCUAUGUUUGUCAGCACUUUCGCCACCUUCAAUAGUAAUUUUGUCACCUUGAACAGCAAUGUUGCUGCCUUGGACAGUAGAUUCGCCACCUUAGAAACUAGUAACAAGGAAUUAAAAGAAAGUCAUAAAGCCGACCUCAAAGAAAACAAUAAAGAGUUAGGAGACAAAUUAGAAACUAAUCUUAAGAAAGAAUUAAGGGAAAGUAUGAAAAAUUU